AUGUCCCGACGCAACUCCCUCUCGGACCUGGACAGAUCUCCCGGUGCCAAAGACUGUGACCUCCACAAGUCUCUGUUCAAACGACUGGAGAGUCCCUGUGUUCACUGCAGAGUCCCUGUGUUCACUGCAGAGUCCCUGUGCUCACUGCAGAGUCCCUGUGUUCACUGCAGAGUCCCUGUGUUCACUGCAGAGUCCCUGUGCUCACUGCCACCUGUAGCCUUCUGCCCUGAUGACGUGCAACAUGUGGGAUUUUACCUUUUAUAG